AGCGCAAGCAUGCAAAUGUGUUUUUUCUGUCCUCCGGCACGCACAAGUGUCUAACUAGUACCCACAAUCACCCAAUCCUCAGCCUCACCUGUGCAUAUUUCAGUUUUUGUUGUAUUGUUUGAAAUCUCCUUUACAGUUUUUUCGUCAUGUUGUAGAUCCCUCCGCAUUGAUUUUGAGGAGCAGUACGAUAAGAUGUUGAUCACAAAGACGGGGGCGGUUGCUUCUAGGACAUCAAGCCUGCAUCUUUGCACUUGUACAAUGUCACAUGUGAGGACUCAUGACUCCUUCGCCUACUCCUACUUCUAGGUACAAUUACCCAGGUAAAAAGUGAAGCCCAAAACCAACCUGCUCUCCCUCUCUUCGAUUUCAAACAAGCAAGCAUCACCCACGACCCUAGCCUCAACGUCAAUUACUACGCUCGAUGAAGUAGAACUUUUCACCCUACAACUUCACGAAAACCACGGCAUCUACAUAAUGGGUUGCGGUGGCAGCAAGCAGCGACAAGCACCUCCCGCUGAGGCUGCUACACCUACGAAAGAUGAGCAAAACAAGAAAACCUUGUUGACUUCAGCGACGCCUGAACAAGGAGGAAAAACAGCUACAGAGACGUCUGGGAAUGCAGCUCCUACUGGAAUCACUUCUGGCGAUACAGAAGUGAAGGCUACGACUACAGCUGGAACAACUGCAACUGCUGCCGCAGUCACAGCUGCAGGUAAAGACGCUACAACAACUGGUGUUGAACUACAUCAACAAGAUGUACUCGGACUAGGAGAGAAGAAAGCCACUAGUACGCCACCAUCAAGAAGGAAGCCCAGUACGGGAGAUGAAGGACUAGAGGCUACCAAGCCUGUAUCCGCAGAAGGCCAGCUUGUAGUCAACUCCGCAGACCUUGGAGAAAUCACCAUAAACGAAGGGGUAGAGGGAGAAGCUAUAGAUUUAUGGCAAGUGGUUGUGAACUAGCAGUAGAAGGAAGUUCCUUCUACACAAGCAGAUGACAAUGUCACGCGGGCUUCGCAUGAUUUUCUUCUGAGAGAAGCUCACUCGUCGUGCUAUACCACGGGAGUAUCCUCAGGACAUGAAUAACAAGUAAGUACAACUAUCUCAUGUAACUCAUUCAUGAUCACUGAAGACUUCUUCUCUCACACCCCGACGCCUACCUAUACCCCACUCUCGUCUCUCCCUCUCUCCUCGUCUAACCAAAGUCGCCAAGCACUAUUCCAUCUCUUUCCCAACCUCACGCUUCGAUCCGCUGGAGACUGACUUCUAUACUGCAUCCUUCGACGAUUCAGCGGCUGCGCGCUUGCAAAGAAGUUGCGGCAUUUUCGACGACGUGAACACGACUAGCCCCAACCAUGCGGCUAAUACCGCGAACCUGGUGCCGCUGUUCAAAACAGAAGUUAUGGACGGGGACAGGACCCCUAUAAUAGAAUGAUUUAUAGAACGGAUGUAGGAUGGACUUGGAUGGAUCGGAUGGACCCCCCUAAAUCUUCCGGUCCUACUUGGAAUGGUGGGAAGUCCAUCCGUUCCAUCCGAUCCAUCCCAUCCCGGAUCUGGCGCCCGUAUGUAUAAACUAUUCUAGUAUUUGCACACAGGAGCAUGCAGAAUAUGAAUAAGUAGCUAGAACUAGGUCGGUUUGAAUUGCUUUCGGAAUUACUUAGGCUAAGAACUUGUGCCAAUAAAUCCACCGAGUCAACACAUAGUACCACUAAACCACAAAAAAUUGCUGGCAAGCCCGUUUCAAGCUCUCCCGUUCUCGGUCUCGGUACCACAGUUGCCCCUGCAGAGCAAUUUACAAUCAAAACACCAGCUGAUGAGGAGGUAGCUUGGGGAACGCACAUUUGGAAUUUCGAUUUUCUUAAGUUAUGGCAAUCUUCGAUUCUCUUUCUAUUCCUCCACCUCCAGGAUCAUAGUGUUAGAGCGCCAUAAAGUAGACGGAGACUCAUACAUAGCAUAGAUAAGUACUUGAUGAUACAUCAAGAGCAAGACCAACUAGGACUAGUACAUACGACUAGUACACUGUAGUUACCUCCGCCUACUAUUCAAUAAACCAACUUCUUGUUACAACUACCCCAAUAAUUACAGUAACAACUACACUGUUUGAUGUGUAGUUACUCUACCACCACCACCCUGUAGUUACCUUCGCCUACCUGUACCACCACCCACCGCCUACCUCUACCUCCGCAUACGACUAGUACACUGUAGUAGUUACCUCUGCCAACUUCUUGUUAAUACAACUACCCCAAUAAUUACAGUAACAACUACACUGUUACUAGUAACACUGUUAGUAACUACACUUACUACCCCAAUUAGUAACACAACAGUUUUUAGUGUAAAAAGUAGUUACGCCACCACCACAGACCGCCCUCUUCUAAUCGGAGACGCCGUGUCCAAUGUUCAGUUUCCAUGGGACGAUGCCAAGUUCGGCAAUGAGGUUAGUGAUGAAGACCGUUUUCAUGUUUCGAUGCCCAAUGCUUUUGGGAACUUCAUGGAUGUUGCUACGCCAAUAUCGGACCAGGUAGAAGUUUACUUUUGUGAUGAAUUUUUAGCAACUUCUGGGUAGAAGUUGGAUCGUCGUGUGACGCUCAGAUUUGGCGGCGUGUCAUACCCAUGCAGAUGUGCUGACUUGCUCACGUGGCCCCGCUGCGUCGGGUUGCGCCUUAGUUGUUCUACAGGGGUCGAAUGUACGGCUUCUCGGAUAGGUGUAGAUUUGUGGCCGAGUGUGCGGUCUUAUUCGCCCCCAGUAUGUAACUCGGAUGACAAUUUAGUUGAGCAUGUUAAUUGAUUGUUUGAAAGGGCGGUGGCAUAUAGUCCUAACGCAAAAAAAAAACUCUACGGGUCCUAGGAACAGAGCACCAUCAGAGGCACACACAUGAUAUGACAUGACACAUAGUUGGAUCGUGAAGUAAGGCUGCUGACGAGCUCUAGUUGAUGUAGAGCGGUCUCAUACAUUCUCAUUGGUGCUGAAGUAAGAUCUUCUUGAUCAUCUUCGUUCGUCAACUACAUGUUGAUGUCUGUAGUUCCCUCAAAUCCACUUGCCCUUAAGCAGGUCUUCGCCGGCCGAAAGCGUAUUGGAGAUGUGAAACCACUUCCACAAUUCGUCGAGACCUCCAACUUUAACACGACUCUCGUUGGAACCCCACGAGUUCCAUUCACGAGUAGCAAAGAGUCAAAGGCUCUCUCCACGGAGAGUGGGGGUUUUACCACUAGCCCUUCGGUUAUGACUUCAUGUUGUAGUUCAACCAUGUUGACCAUGAGCUGCAGACAGACCGUAGUACUAGUAUGUGUAAUCGUACUAGAUCAUGUAGUAGAAUUAGAAGUGAAACUAUACGCGUUCGUUGUCGUAGAGGUUGUUCCACUUGGAUAAGUACAAUCACAACUAACUGUGCUGCAUACAACUCGUCUAAUCCCCCCUCCGGCGCCGCUUACAACAUGAACCUCUUCCCGACUAUGCAUAACACGCUAGUCCCACCGUCAUCGAUUCUAGCGCCGAUCCGUGGCCUCUCAGAAGCAGGUAGUGGAGAAGCGAAAUUUCUUGUUCCGCCAGUCGGUCUGAUAGAUGCCGUACCUGCCAGUGUAGAACGAAUGAACAACACAGCGCGCAAUAUCACAGAGAAAAGCUUGGCGGCAGCGAGUUUGAGUGUUAUGGAUCCGACGAUAUUUCUGUGUCGAGUCAUGUACUACUUCAACUGAGUUUGAAAAUGCACUCACGGCAGUUGCUGUAGUGCACUGCGAUCAACUUGGUUCCAUGUCCAUCAUGCUGUUAGAGAUCACCCUCAUUUUGCUUGAUUACCAUUAGUAGAACCAAACAUGAUGAACCUUGACCCCUCUAACCAAAAGGAUGAGCAGCAAUUGUUGCGCAGCACGGCCUCUGGUGUGGUGCCUUUGCAGUUAGGUGGAAUUUCUUUUGGCGGUGCAGCUGACGGAACUCAGAGUCCGCGGUUGCAAACCUCGCCAUUACGUGCUGAUUUACUGUCGUCGUCACGAGUAUGAUUGGUUGUUCAAGGAAGAUGUGAUGUAAAAAAGGGUGAGAAGCAAGUACGACGACGACCACCUAGAAAAGGAGAAAAAGGACAAAAGCAUAGUCUUAUAAAAAACGGUUCGCAAAUGCCAGGUAAACACAACAGCGCUCGAUGCCAUCUUCCGAGUUGAUGAAAAAUUCUGAAAGCUAAUGCAUGAUGAUAAAGUUAAUACAGUGAGAGGUUUUAUUUCACAUCCACACCACAUCAUUGAUUGUUCCUCGAUUUUCCAUCGCACAGAAUAGUGAAAUUUCAUGUCAUAGAACAGUUGCAGAAUCAGCCGAAUCUGAUGGAUCAAGCUUUGCCUUUGCUACAAUAUUAAAUCACUUCGAUCUACUUCCAUUAGUGACUAAAAACAAGGGAAAUAGAUAAUUUGUUUUAAGGUCGUGACGUUUUUUUGCAGCGCAAUCCAACGCAAGUAAUAUUUGUACUUCGAAGAUCAACAUUAUAUUCUCCUAGCAUGAUGAUGUUGUUUUUCAUAACAUUCAAAUUUAACUUCAAGAAUAGAUGAAUAGACGGCCAGCAUGGUACUAACUACAAGGAACAAUGUAGAAGUCGAAUGAAGAACACAAGAAGAAGAACUUCGACUUGAUACCUUGAUACCCCAAAACAUCACACGAAGUUGCAUUUUGAAGACCAUCGUCCAUUGCACAUUCAUCAUCACAGCACACAGCAUGACCUUCAUCAGCUACAACAACAUCGUUUAGAAUUAGUACCAAUCCGAAAGACAAUUAAGAACAAUGCAGUUGUACAGUAAAAUAUGGUAAACCAUCAAAAACAAAAUUACAUUCAUCAAGUAGAAAAGGAAUAGCAAUUUUACACGAAUUAUAUCGGAGGUUUCGCAUUUAUUUUCACGAACAUUAUCCUCCUGCCGUUUUUAUCAAAAGCUAGUGAACGACUAGAAACAGAAUACGACAUUUGCUACUCAAUCAUGUUGAUGUCCUCGUCAUAAUUUUUGCUACAACAUGAAUAACAAACCAAUCUGGUCCAACCACCCGAGCCAUGAUCCCGCAC